CUCCUCAUCCUGGUCGUGGUUGCCCUACCCGCUUCGCCUCGAUCGCCGGUCACAAUGUCUCGUUUGCUUGUCUCUUCGCUCGCCGUACUGGGCGUUGCGUCGGCUCAGUACUCUGCUUACUACCACCCGUCCGCCAAUGGCCUGCCGGACAAGACGGAGAACGGGCAGACAGGGACAAACAAGUGCGGAACAGAGUCGUCGCAGACAUCCCAGUGCCAAAAUGUUUACGUUGACAGCAUCGACGACUUUUGCGUCUUUGGUCCGCCCAAUGGCGGUGAGGUGGCCGCGAACGAGGCUGUCGAGGUGUCCUACUGCACAAAAGCUGGUCGAGGAACCCGUGUCCUUCCCGAAGGAACCAUCACGGGCGCACACUUCGUCAGGACGCCCUCGUACGUUCAGGUGACGGGCGAGGGUGACUUUACCAAGAUUGGCAUCUCUCCAGGCGAUCAGGGAGGUGAGCUCGACCCUCACGGUGCAGACGGGACCGGCAAUCCAAAGGGCGGCCUUGUAUUUGUCAACGGAGUACAGUCACACGAGUGGUUCAACUUCAUGGGCGCCACCGACUUCUGCAUUCGCGCAUGCUUCGAUGGAGACCGGGCUACAUCGCUCUGCCGUCACACGUACGACGAGCUCGGAUGCGGCUUCAAUGCCCCUGGCAACUAUGCGACGAACGUUUUUGAGUCGUGCGAGGGAGAUGAUGCGCAGGAUAUCAUGUACGGCUACCCUGGUCUCGGCACCUUUGUGCAGACCGACACCUCGAACGGCGUUGCAGUUCCUUCGCCGCACCCUGCUCCCGCUUCAUCCAACUGUCAAAACGUCAACAGUGCUCAGCUCGGCGGCACAGCGACCAACUUUGGACGCAAUGCUCAGACAUCAGCUCCUGCCUCAUCAUCGAGCAGCUCGAGCUCCUCUUCUACCACUCCAUCUUCUACCUCUUCGUCUACGUCAUCCACUUCUUCGUCCUCUUCCAGCACUAGCACCGUCAUCGCGGUGCAAAUGUCGACUUCGAUCACCUCAUCUAGCCCAGCAAGCACCGUCGUCCAGACCUCCGCGAAUGGGCCGACCGCUACCGUGAACAGUGGGCGCAGUGCUCAGGAUGCCACGGCAGGCGCAUCCUCUCUCGCUGUUUCUACUCUCGGCGCGGCAACCAUCGUCUCCUUCGUCGUCGCGAUUUCCCUUUCCUCUUAGUUUCUUACGACGGACUUUACAUUACAAUACUUCGGGAUAAUUCUCACAUUGCAGCCAAUGGACACUCGUAAUGCGCUUGCAUCAAGCUCGCUCUCCUCUCUCUGUGAAGAAGAACCUGGUCCGGUACGACC